CUCACACAUUUCACAGUAGCAUUCAAAUUCCAAACCCUCCAUUUCACUUCACCAAAUUCCAUAAAUAUACUCGACAUCACAAUUUUCAGAGUAAGGAAGCUGAGAGCGAGCGUGGAAAUGGCGACUUUGCAGAAAUUCAAGCUACUAGCGACGCAGUGUGGAGUUGUGCAGAGCCCAACGCGCAGCCCGAGGACAAGCCCUUUGGUCCACUUUCGUCGCCGCAAAAGCACCCUGCGAAUGCUACUCACUCGAACCACCAGCUGCCGAUCACUCAGCAGCCGAGUGAUAUCGAAUAAGAAGCGCUUUGUUCCUGCUUUACCUCCUGAGAAGAAGAACGACAACAAGGAUUCAAACAGCCGCACUUUGAAGGAUCUAUUUGUAUCAUCCCCGCCGUUCGGAGAAGAAGAAGAAGAAGAAGACAAAAGCAAGGUCGUUAACGAGAAGAAUGACGGUAAGAGCGAGGUGCUACCACCGAAAUUGAAGGAACAGGAAGUUGAGUCGAAUUCGCCGAGACCGGGUUGGGUCGGGUUCCGGCACCGGUUGCUGCUGAGGAGAGCAUGGCGUCCGAUGCUUGUGAGCAUUCCAGAGUAAAAAAUUUGCUACUUACUAAAUUUUGGAAUAAAAGUUCGGUUUUGAUUUCUGUUAUCAAUUCCCCGUUGGUGAUUGAAGUGCAAUAGAGUGAGAAAUUAAAACUUUCCAUCAUUAGAUUGAAGUGUUUUAUAAACGCUGUUACAGACUCAAUUCGGUUUAUCUAAUAGUUAGUGUUAUGCAGUAAUAAUUAAUAUUACAUGGUGUAUCUAAAACUUUUUUCUAUAAAAAUAACAACUGCAUUAUUUAUCAAUUAGAAAAAUUGAUCUAUUUUUUGUUUUUGGCAUUUGAGAUACUACGUCCAUUUUUGUAGAGAAUUUCUCUUACAACAAAAAAUUUAGGGAAUAAAAAAUAAAAAACGAUGGUAAAUUAGAAUUAAAAGGUGUUUCCCAAGUUUAAAAAGUAUUUGUUUUAAAAAUAUUAUUUAUCUCUCAUAAAUUUAAAUUUUUGUU